CAGGGAAUAAUGAGGCAUUUUAUUUGUGCGUUUUUGUUUUCCUUUACUACUAAAUUAGUAUGGGGACAAUGUUCCGUUAACAUCCGCACCGAUUUGACAUCGCCGGAACCGAUAUUUUUCAAAGGCAACAGCCUAUGGUAUCCGGACAACGGUUCUCUACGUUGGGCAGCCGGAGAAACAACUGAUGUUUCAUGCGGAAGUGGUGCUCUGAAUGGAUACGGAGUUUCUUAUGCAUCCAUCACCUGUAUUUCUGGUACAACUUUUUUGAUCAAUGGAGCGUCCGUAGACUCAACGGCAUUAGUUUGUUCACAAAGGCCGUUGGGCGAGAUUUCCAUCAUGCGGAAGUGGUGCUCUGAAUGGAUGUAAGAAGAUAGUCCUUGAAAUUUUCGCGUGUUAAUCUGAGCUUUAUUCUUCUAUUUAGACGGAGUUUCUUAUGCAUCCAUCACCUGUAU